AAACAACACAAUUCGUUUAAAAGGCAAACAAAAUGAUGAUUAUCCAAGCAUUAAAAUAGAGAGAUGGGUAAGUACUCCAGCAGCUCUGAUGAUGAGAAACGCGGCAGUAAAAAAUCAAGCAAAAGUAGAAGCAAAAGGAGGUAAGCAAGACAACGUGCUUGAUAAGAAGUUGGCACAUACGUUUAGUUCAAAAUGCAGAGUUAGUACUGUUCGUAGAUCAUCAUCUUCAGAUUCAAGUGAUGUGAGGAGUCGCCGUAGGAGAGAAAAAAAUAGUCGUCGAUCCAGAAGUAGGGAUCGAUAUGGUAGAACAAGACGCUCAAGAAGUAAAAGUACCUCAUAUAGAUCAUUAAAAUCGAAAUCACAUAGAAGUGAUUCACGGGACAGGUACCGAGAUCGGCAUAGAAGGUCAAGAUCUAAAUCAAGGGAAAAGUCUAGAGAUAGGGAUAGACACAGAUCACGCCGCUCUAGGUCUAAAUCUUUCAUAAAGGAAUUUGUCAGCAAACCAAGAAGACAUUCAAGUUCCAGGUCUAGCAGUAGUAGCUCUGAACACAAUAAGAAGACAUCCCUCAAAAAUGGUUCAAAGUUGAAACAAGUUAAAACUAUCAUUGAAUCAGUGGAUAAUAGCAAGACAUCUCCAGAUGUUGUCAUUCUUGAUAGUAAAACAUUGGAUGAAAUUAAUGAAGAUAAAUUCACUCCCAAGGAGUUUACUUCUAAUAAAUCUAAGAGAGUUCCUGACAAUAUUCUUAUAGACUUGAAGAAGAACACUAUAAAGGUGGCUGAAGUAGAGCAGGUUGAGCCAGAUGGUAUAUUUCAUCAUAAUCUUUUUAUGAACGAGGAAGCCCGCAUGGAAAAGUGGGUCAAAGAGUUAUAUUCUUACAGACAAAAAGCACUUCAACAAGGCACUAAAAAUAACCGUUAG